AAAUAUAUAUCACACUAUUAAAUAGUUAGACAUUAUGAUCUUCCGGACCUUUGCUUCAAGAAGUUUUCUCUAACUGGACCUCUUUAAAUUUUAGUUGAAUACCCCUGGUUUAGGGAAUCUCAAUCGAGGAGGAAUGUGUAUGUAUUUUAAGGGUAUGGAUACACUUUCUAUAAUUUCAUGGACUGACAUUCUUACCUUUUUGGUAGAAUGCACCUUUUGGUUGCUGAUGGAAAAAUAAAAGGACUGCCUGCUGAGGCCAGCACUGAGGCCUACUGUGCAGUAUCCCUUACUGGGAGAGCCAUAUAUUUGAACUGGAUAGAAACAUCUUUGAGGGGUCUACUUGUCUCAGGUGUCUCAACCUGAGCUGUCUCCAAAGCAGUGCUACCCACUGAGCACUGAGCAGCUAGCUAAUAAACUACUCCAUACUGAUUUGUUUCAGUAUCCAAAACCUAUAAUGACAUUUCUUUACUAACCAGUUCCAUACUAACCAUAACUUCCUAUAAAUACCUUUGUCAUUAAUGACCCCUGCCCUGUAACAAUGACAUCUUUCACUCACCUUCUAACACACAGACCCAUCAAAUCAUUGCUUGAACUUCACUUUACCUCUCACUAACAUUGUUAUAUCCUAUUUACCUGAAAUUAUUGCCACUUAAAACUAUUGUUAUAACAAAAAGAUUACGAUUUCUAACUUCAGAUAAAUAAAACUUUAAUGCAAGAGAGAAAAUCUAAAAAUCUAUUUCAUUUUUUUCAUUGUUUAAAAUUCAUUAUUGACACACACUUUCUUACUAGCAUGAUUAACACAGCACAAAAGAACAAAAAAUGCUCAGUCCAAACGAUAUUACACGAUUAAGGAAUGCUUAAGAAUUGUACGAAUAUGAUUUUGUAUUUCGUUGCCUUUACAGAUGUUACAAUUAAAUUUUAAAGUGAGAUGUGACAGGGUAAUGAUGGUCACACAUUCUAGCUAAGCUAGAUGCAAUACACUUUCGAUAUUGCCAAAAUGCACUUAAUUGUCUUCAUUAAUGUUUCUUUCAAACUUUUCACUUGUGUCCACUUAUAAUUGAUUUGGGGUAAUUUUUAGGGGGUUCACGAAAAAUUUACUUAUAGCUACCUAGGCAUUUUCACGCGGUGAUGGAUAUGUGACACGCCGCGUGGUCUGCAUCAGUCUUAUGGUGUUUAAGUACAGAUGAUUCAAUCAUCUAAUGGUCAUUUCAGAGAUACGGGUCCACAGUGUAACUUAUUAUAAAAGGCAUUUGCGGUUAUGGCUCUGCCCUCCCCACUCAGGGUUGCCUUUGGAACAACACGUCUUAGUAACUGUGCGGCUUGUCUUUUAUAUCUAUGACGUUUGUUCACGCAGAGAAUUGCAUUUUAACGGAACCGCUAUUUAUGGAAUUAGGUUUUACCUUAAAUACAGACUGGUUCUGCAAUUUUCGCGAGGGGAACUUAUCAAGACACAAAAAAGAGAGGAGAAGAAGAAGAAAACAUUAAUUCUCAGCCUUUUCUAUAUUUCACUACAUUGCAACCAUUUCGUCUUACACAAGAAAAUGUCUUAUAUUAAACCCCUAUUCGUGCUUACUGUACUCUGCACUUCCACAUCCUGUCACCGCAUCAAACUGUAUAAGUCCGAACCAAGCCUUCUGGACGGAGACAUCUCCGCGAGAAAUUACCAAUUCACCGGUGCAGAUGGGCUGGGCAGUCGAAAUCUGCCCAAAAGCACCUUUGAUUCUCAGGAGUCUCGGAGAAGAAGAAUAUUUCCCACCUCUUACCUGAAGCAAGUGGAUCAAAGAAAUGCUCCAAAAAGCGUUCAGCAAGCAAAGUUCACACUAUCUCUCGAUGUACCAACUAAUAUCAUGAACAUCCUCUUCAGCAUAGCCAAAGAUAAGAACCUUCGCGCUAAAGCCGACGAUAACGCACGUUUGCUGGCGCAGAUUGGUAAAAGGAAGUAAAGACUAAAAUGUAGCUUAUGUUGAGCACUUUAACUUUUAUUUAAUGUGCAUAUGUGUGUUUUAAAAGAUGUUUUAUUUUCCAAGAAGUUUCCAAUUGAUGUCAUUAAUCUUGUGUUUGGAUUUUGGUAAGCCAUUUGUCCGUCAAACCUUAAAUUUAUUGUCGAAGUGAUUACCUCACUGUAUACCUUUUCUACGAAAGGAGAUCUAACUGCACCCUGGAAAUAUGUCACAACAUUCUGAUCUUGAUUGUAAUUAUCACAUUAUAUACGUUUAUCUUAGAGCAGAUUGAUGGGCAUUUGGUUUGGUUUCCUAAUGCAUAGCAGUGUUAAAACUUUAAAAUCUGGUAAAUUAUUUUUAUAUUCAAAUGUAGUAUUUUACUGUACGUCUAAUAAACAAAGCACUUGCAAAUCCAUGACUGGAAACAGGCUUCAAUUAAAUUAACUAGCAAUACAUUUACACAACUCCAUAUCCACUACAAAAGUUCAGUGAAGCACAAGGCAGGUACACCUUGUAUGGGAUGCCACACGCAAAUGAACCGGACAUGUACUCACAAAAUCACAUAACAAAACAAUUCGGUUAACCAUACUUUUGGGACUGCAUUAGAAAAUCACACUUCCUGAAGGAAUCCCACAGUUUACAAGUUAAUGGAACAUGAAACAUGCAAACUCCAAACACAGUGAGGGUUGGUUAGUCUAGUUGGUUAGUUGGGCAGUGGUGGCUUGAUGGUUAGGGUAGCGCACUUGUAAUUGAAAGAUUGCAGGUUCGAAUCCCCCACCAGCAAGUCACCACUGAGGUACCCUGAGCAAGGGUAAAGUCACAUAUGGGUCAAAUGCAGAGGUCACAUUUCGUUGUGGUGUGUUGACAAUGACCACUAAUCACUUAAUUAUAGACAUUUAGUUAGAAGUUGUGGAAUGGAUCAUGAAGAAAAUUAAACUAACCUGGGGUGCGUUUCUCGAAACCAUCGUUGCUACCUACGUUAGCAACUUGCGUGGUUCAAACUAUGUAAGUACGACGCAAGUGUGUCUCGAAACCAUAGUUCAAACUACAUAGGUAACGAUACUGCGGACUUACGUGGUGCGAUGUAUCGUUGAACGACGCAGGUGUGUCUCGAAACCAUAGUUCGAACGAACGUUCGCAAACACUGUCGUUAAGUUGUGUAGUUCGAACUACAGCUCAGGAGCUGUAGUUAGAAGCGUAGUUAUAUGUAAAUUCGUCAGCGAUGGUGGAAAAUACAGUGCAAUAAGGGUAUAGUCACCGUGUAAGUAAGAAAUUUAAUAAUCUUCAAUACCUAAUAAGAAAUAAUUUAGCUCUACGAUCACAUAUAAUGUGAAGUUGUCUGAAAAUGUAGUUUGAAACGUAAUUGUUAUGUGGGUCUCUGGUCAUAAGUACGGUAACUGUCUGUAGUGAGCAAAUCUCAGACUGCAAAGUAUUAAUUAGCACAUGGGUGGCUAAUUUUAUCCAGUAAGAGCAGAAUGACACUACAGCGGCCAGAUAGGAAUCCAUGCCUUUGUUCUCGGGAAAUUACGUCUGUAAUGUUUGGUUAUUACACACACCUGUGUAUUCCAGUCAGCCAGUAUAACAAUAUUCUGUAAGCGACAACGUCGGAAUAAAAGUUAUUCUGUUUAUCACUCCAA